AUGGCGACCUUGGCUAAUCUCAUAGACUGGGCCUCCAAGAAGGGGACCACGGUGAGCGAUGGAAUUGAGUUCAAAAACGUCGAUAACGAGGGGAACGCCGCCUAUGCGUCCAAAGACGUCAACUCCGCCGAAAUCAAGAUCCCGGUUUCGAUGGCCUUGAAGCUCAGCGAUGCCCUUGAAGGAUUCGGCGAGGAAGCCAAGGAAAUCCCGCUGAAAACAAGAAACAUCAACGCCUUGACCAAGUUGUACUUGGCGUAUGAGCGCAGCCACGUUGAAAAGAGCCCCUACAGCGCCUACAUCUCGUCACUUCCCCAGUUUCCUGAAAUGAAGGCAAGUCCAUACCUCUGGAGCCCAGAGGAAACAGCCAAACUCAAGGGAUCCAACUUGGGCAGCUCCUUGCGGGAAAACAUCGCCAACAUCGUCGAGGAAUGGUGGCUGGUGAUCAGCAUUUUGCCCGAAAGUAUCGAGAAACCCACCAACCACUUUGUCAACAUGAAGUUCUACUACGAGCAGAAGUUCCACACGGAGGAGGAGCUCCACAAGUACAUUGUGGGCGAAGGCGCUGCUUUUGACAACUGGACGUCGUUUCCCAGCUAUCUCUGGGCAUCCAUGAUCUUCAAACUGCGUUCUUUUCCGGGGUACAUUCUUAAGGACAGUUCGACCGAUCCUGUGAACUACCAGCAGGAGGAUAGUGCUGUAUUGUUGCCGGUGGUCGAUUUGCUCAACCACACUCCCUCGGCGCAGGUGGUGUGGGCUGUUCAGAACGACCAGUUUGUGUUUUCCUCAAAUACCCCAUUGAAGGCUGGCGACCAACUUUACAACAACUACGGCCAGAAGGGCAACGAGGAGCUUCUUUUGGCGUACGGAUUCUGUAUUGACAAUAAUGAGGCGGACUCUGUGGCGCUCAAAGUGAAGGUUCCCGUGGAGUUGUUGCCUGAGAUGGAGAAGAACGGCUUGAAGUUGCCCAAGAUCUCCGACUACACCACCUCUGUCGUUAAAAGCGACAAGAAGGAGAGCUACGACGACUACAAGGACGGGCUUCUCUUUUUCAUCACCAAACAGCACGUUCCAGACAACUUGGUGUUGCUUUUCCAGUUUCUCGUCAAGUCCAAGUGGGAAACCAGCCUCACGUUGAGAAUGAAGCUCAGUGGACUCAAUCACUUGAGACAGGCGGUGGAGUCCAAGGCGGCACUUCUCGACUACAGCAAGCUCCCUGCUGAUUCGUCCAACACCAACACUGCCAACACCAGAAUCUACCUCAAGCUGCAGAAGAAGAUCAUGGACUCGGCGGUGAAGCACAUCAAGCGUUUGGAGAAGUCGCUUUUGGACGAGCAGAAAAACAAGCUUUUGACGCUAAAAAGCGUCUACAAGAGAGACGUCAAGUUCCUGCGUUCUCUUCUCAUCACCAUGGGUGUACUGACAUGGGAGGAAAUCGUCGAAAAGCAGCUCAUGGAUCAAAUAUGGCUCCUCUACCUCAUCCGCUGCUACAACCGUGACGAGUACAUCAAGGGUUCCCAGGACGAAGAGGAAAACUACUUGCCUGAGUGGAUCAAAAAGGCUUUCGUCAAAAUGGACGCCGAAACCAGUAUGGAUCCUGCCGAGGUGGUGCAGUUCAGGCAGCUCUACGAAAACAUGAUCAUACCGAUGAACGAGGCAGUGCCAGAGAUCUACAACAAGGGCAAGUGGACCGUGAGAGAGCUCAUUGUGAGCACGAAGCUUUUGGAUACCAUUGGUUUUGUGCGUGGCAGGGACCAGGAGUGUAUUCUCGUUGAGCAGUAG